AUGCCCUUUCUUCCCCACUACCCGAUCGCCCUCAGAGGAACCCCUCCUUCCGCAUGGCUGGCGCUUGUUGAGUCGACUCAAGCACACGUCAAGCACCUUCGCUUUCUCGCUCAUGCCCUUUCUCCCGCACUAUCCGAUCAUCCCCGCAGGACUGCUCUCUCCGCGUGGCUCAGCAGCAGCACAGCACCGCCGGACGGCCAAGCAAGCCAGUCCAGUCGCCUCCACUCAGCUUAUAACGAGGAUGGCUCGCCCGCCGUGUCAGUGUCGUGGGAGGAGUGGCAGCGCGCGUACGAACAGGCGAGAGGCGCGGAGAGCAGACAGCAGCACGGGCAUGCAAAGGGCGUGGGGGUUGGAAGCAGCAGAGGCGAGCAGAGCAAAGGCAGGGUCAGUGGUAAUGGGAGAGGGGAGGGCUGGCAGCGUGCGCACGAACACGAGCAGGAGCAUGUGAAAGGUGUGCAAGGCGGACAGCAGGAGAUGCGUGGGCAGGGCACAGAGAAGUGCAGCGGGGGAAGGGACGGGUGGUGGUGGGUGCAGGGGGUAGCAGCACGGCAUGGGGAGGGUGGAGGAAGUGAUGGGGAGGCACAGACGGGAGCUGUUGUGCAGGCAGGGAGGAAAGGGCGAGGUGUGGGUGAUAUGCAGAUGCAGAUGCAGGGGCAGGGGCCGGGGCAGGGGGAGGGGCAUGGGGUGGUUGUGUGUGAGGGCGGGUGGGAAUGGCUUCAUCGCCCCUCUGCUCCACCCGUGUGGGAGAUGACUGGUGCUGAGGCGGGUGCUGAGGCGGGUGCUGUGGCGCAGCCUGAGGCUCGCAGUGCAGGCAGUGGCUACCACGAAGCACGGGCAGGGGUGGGUGUUGAAGGUGGUGCAGAGCGGUGGAGAACUGGCUUGGGUACAGGAGGGGGUGUAGUUGGGGCUGAGAGGAGGAGAGGGGAAGGAGAUGGAGAUGUUGCAGUGACUAGAGAGGGUGGAGGUGUGGGGGAUGGUGGAGAUGGGAGGAGGGGAGGAGGGAGGGGCGUGGUGGGGGCGGUGAGGGAGUGUGUGUCGUUGGACUGGGUGCCUGAGAGGCUUCUGGUGAAAUUCCAGCAGAGCUUGGGGCUGUAUCGACUCGGAUUCAACUUCCAGUUCCGCCAUUCCCACCACGACCUUCCAGCCAUCCCCUCUGCCAUCGCACCACCUGUCUCUCCAUCCUCCCCCUCAGUGCCUCUCCACACUCUCACCAGCGCCAGAAGCCUGAGGCAGAGCCGCCCCCUCAUAUCCGUCGGCCCCUAUCAGGCCUACCCCGCAGACAUCAAGGUCGUCAUCAAGCCAUCCCCUACCUCCAAAGCCGCCUCAAAGCACCCGGCACCCACCACAGCCAGCCCGGCUGCCAGGCUCGCGAGCAUGGUGACCCGUGUUGCCCGGGCGGCGGUGGGAGGGGGCAAGGUGCAGGUGAUGCCUGUGGCGGGUACGGUGCAGGUGGCAUCUGGACGGGUGGGCCUGCUGGGACUGGCUGACGCUCGGCUGCACCUCUCCCACCACUGGCCGUCCUCCACCUCGCACCUCCGCCUGCUCCUGCACAGCCCCUUCUCCGCCGCCCACACUUGUGCAUGCCGGUGGAGCAGCACCCGGCUCACACGGCCACACAGAAAUGGCAGCAGCAUUCGUGACAGGGAGGUGCAAACUGGUGCUAGCAGAGGUGCGGGUUCAGCUGGUGGGGGCGACAUGAGGGCCAGUCAUGUGAAUACAAGCAAUGGAUUGGCUGUUGAUGGGGGAGGGAAUGGCAGGGGUGGUGUGUGUGAGAGUACAGACUCCAGUCCGGGGGAAGUUGGUCUGUGGAGUGCAGGGAGGGGAGAGGUGGAGCAGCAGGGGGGUGGGGCAGCAGGGAGCGGCGGUGGUGGUGUGGUGCAGGUGGCGAGGGCCAAGGCGUGUGUGCCCAUGUGGCAUGGCAUGGAUGUGAGACUCACCAGCUCCAUGCGCUACUCCAUGCCAUGGUGCAUCGG